AUGUCAAAUACCAAUAAACAAACAAACACCACAAAUUCACAACCCUACCACCUUAAUGCACCCGAAUCUCACUUCCAACCACCACAUGGGGGUGGUGGUGGUGGGUCAUCGUCAUCUACCGCUGUUUUAAUUAAGGCCUCCACCACUCAACCACCACCGGCACAACUCGUUGACUCCUCCUUAGCUAUUGUCACCACCGGAUCGGAAACCAUAGAUGAUUCUACCAAGAAACCACCCAAAAGUACAACAAAGGACCGGCACACAAAAGUCGAUGGUCGAGGGCGGCGAGUCCGAAUGCCGGCUACUUGUGCAGCUAGGGUUUUUCAACUGACUCGAGAAUUAGGCCAUAAAUCUGAUGGUGAAACCAUCGAGUGGCUCUUGCAACAAGCUGAGCCAGCUAUCCUAGCUGCAACAGGCACAGGAACAAUUCCAGCAAAUUUUUCCAACCUCAACAUCUCUCUCCGGAGCAGUGGCUCCACUCUUUCGGCUCCGCUUUCGAGAUCGGCUCCGCAUUCUUUUCACGGUGCACUUGGACUAAACGUACCCCGCCCUUAUGAAGAGAACUUUUCAGACAUGUUAGGGUUUCAUCACCAACAAAGUCCUCAUCUUUUACAACCAGCUCAAAUUACUGGCGGAAGUAGUGGUGGAGAUGGCGGCGUUUGUCCACAAGGUGCGACGAAGAAUUACUCUCAAAAGAGAUACAGAGAAGACUUGUUCAAAGAAGAAGGAACCAAUAAUGUUCAAGGAGAAAGCUCCAGUUCAUCUUCCAAUAAAAAAAUCGAGGGCUAUGAUAUGCAAAUUAUGCAUCUUGCGGCCGCGGCUGGACAAACACCUACAAGUUUGUUGAGGCAUAGUAACAUGCUGACUGCCAAUGCCCCACCCAACAUCACCACCACUUCCAGCUGUUUCUUGACGUUGCCCGUCACUGCCGGUGGUGCAAGCGGCGAUGGGCAGACAUUGGCUGGCAACGGUGUGGUAGGCCCACCGUGGCUGGCUGCCGGACCCUCAGAGUCUUCUCAAAUGUGGCAAUUUCCCAUGUCUGCGAGGUUCAAUUACUCGGGAAAUUCUGAACUUCAAGGUGGGAUGAUGCAGCAGCAGCAGCAACAACCUUCACAGCAUCUUGGAUUGCGUGAGUCCAAUUUAGGCAUGUUGUCAGCGUUCAAUGAUUAUUCAAGAGGUGGUUUGAAUAUAAAUUCUGGGCAGGCUCAGCAAGUUCAUUAUCCAUUGGAGCCCCAGCAGCAGCAGCAGACUCAGGCUAAUGACAGUGAAAAUGAUGACUAA